AUGUCAGACCUUGGGAAGCCCCCAGGAGCAUCUGCCGAUGCAGAGAAAGUUCCCAGAGGGAGCGCAUGCCCAAAGCAACAACUGUUAACCGCCCUAAAAACAACUGAUGUCACAAUCCGCCGCCUAAAUCUCUUACUAUCCGAGGCAAACGGACAAGAGCGCGCACUAGCGACCAUCCAAUAUGUCGCCUCAAUGCUGCACCACCUGACAGCUUCAGCCCCCUGGAUAGCAUUUCAGGCACGGAUGGGUAUUCUCGCGCGACUAAGAGGUGGUACAUCGAUCAAAAGCCCCACUACCGCGUCAUCGGCUUCAAAAUUCAAGGCCCUUUCCUCACUUGCGUCGGAGACGAGAUAUACCUUGCGGCUGUUCGGGUUGCUCCCGUUAUGGAUUUGGGGGGCUGAAACGCUCAAAUCCCCACCGGCUGACCCCGUUCUGCAUGCCCUGACUGUUCUGCAGGUCAUCUCGAACGUGUUCUACCAGGUCCUCGAGAACGUGGCGUACCUUUCUGCCAAGGGGAUUGUCUCGAAGCGGUUCGUGGACAAAUACGGAGGGCGCGCCAAGUUGGAUAUCUGGAGUACCCGUGGAUGGUUUGGACAUAUUUUCUUCCAGUUCUUCGUGCUCUGGCGCCAGCGUGUGCUGCGUAAACGGCGACUGGCUGCGCAGCGUGUGGCUGCUGGCACGGUUGAGAACAAGGAAACCAAAGCUGAGGACAGCGAGGCUACGCGCUUGGAGGUCCGGGCUUGGAAGAAGAGUCUGGUCAAUAAUACCUUCUGGGCUCCCUUGUGUUUGCACUGGUGUGUUGAGGAAGGCCUCGGUAUUCCCGAUAGCAUGGUCGGGCUUAUCAGCUUCGGUGCUGGGGCUUGGAGUUUGCACGACUUGUGGGCUGCUACUUCAACGGUUAAAGCAUAG